AUGAACAUACAUCAUCAAAUAUACCAAGACGAAGACAGCAUCGACGCUUUUUCACCACCAGCCGCUCAGAGCGACGUAGACUUGACUGACCAACUUGCCCACGACGACAUACAGGAACAACAGUUCACACUAAACUCUAAAGCAGUUCUAUUAACUAAUGUUUCGUACGACAUAAUUCGAGAUCUCUAUGACACAAAACCACAAACGGUCACGAAUCUACCAGAGGCAGCUGAACAGCCGUUUGGUGUUGCUAGUCCACAGUCACAAGAAGACUCUCCCAAUGGCAAGUCAAAAGUGAAGAAACUCCCGCGAUCACCAAAUGCAUUCAUCCUCUAUGGGGCCAAGAAAUUUGCCGAAUUAGAAUAUGUGUCGCAGCAAACUGAUGUAGGCCAUUUAUUUCGACCUAAUAAGCCAUGUACUGUCGCGGGAACACGUUUGAAUUCAGAUCGGCAAGUGUUAGGCGAAAUUCAAAAGUUAAUUGAAUGGGAUGAAGAAAAUUUAGUAUCGAAUAAGCCACGUAUAGAUUUACAAGCGUGUUGCAAGCCACUAACUGGGAAAUAUAGGCGACUAGUCACAAACGCAAUCCAAAAGUUAAAGAGACGAAGCCGAGAUGAACGUAUAAAGAGUUUAGCACCUCGACCGAAUAAGCCAUGUAUUGUCGCGGAAACAAGUUUGAAUCCAGAUUUGCAAGUGGGUCACAAGCCACUAUCUGCGAAACAGUCAACGAAAUCAAGAAAAAAAUACUUCUCACGUACUUCCUCGGAUU